UUACGUGGCCCCGCUGCGUUCGCAGCUUUCGCCUGGGGAAGCGGGUUGAGACCUCCGCGCGUGCGCAGCUUGGAUGGGUGGGGCAGAAAGAUGAAGCUGACGGAAAAGUUGCCGGCCGAGGAAAGGCUGAAGUUCUUUCACAAAGUAAUUGAUGGGAUUUGUGGCCGUGCAUACCCUCGAUAUCAAGACUAUAACACUAUUUGGAAUUUGACAGAAUGGAUGGAGGUUCUAGAACAAACCUCGGCAUAUUUCAAAAGUACCGUUGCCAAAGAUCGCUCAGAUGAAGAGGCACUUCAGCCAUUGGACGAGCUGAGUUCUGACACUCAAAAAGCUGUGGUGACUUGCUUGAAAGGCAGGAAACAUGACAUCAGGCAUGCCCUGAUUGAAAGAACAAACGGCAUCUGUUCGGCACGCCUCCUGGAUUUUGACUGGCAGCUGAAGCUUGCCCUCUCUAGUGAUAAACUAUCCAUGCUGCAAAUGCCGCUUCUAAACCUUGAUCUGGAUUUGGCAGAGAAUGGUAACCUCAAGCCGUACUCCAUAGAAAUGAAUAAGGAAGAGCUACAGAACUUAAUAAGUUCACUGGAAGCAGCCAAUAAGGUUGUUCUGCAGCUGAAAUGAUUCCAGCAUCAGAGGUGUCAGUGAUAAGAAAAUAGAUGUGUAUUCUUCAAAACAAAAGGAACUGAAAUGCUUCUGAAGUGCUGAGGUUGACGCAUUAAAGUGAGAGACGGAAAGAUGUUAUUCAUAAUCUUACUGAGAGAACAACUCUUGAUCUCUGCUAGGCCAAAAUAAAUGCAAAAUCGCAUUGUGGCUAACUGGUGAACAUAACUUUGAUAGACUGCUGCAUUUCUGAGAAGUUUUGAGUGCCAUUUGUUGGAGAUCCUGAAGAAAGGGUGGACUUUGUCUUAUCAUGUUACUAACAAGCAGCCAACAGUUACCUGAAAUAACUUGAUGCAAACAUUCCUUUUCUUCUUCUCUUGGGAUUUAUGUAACUACAUUGCAGACUAGGACUGUGAAAACGAUUUUAUACUCAAAGACACAAUUUGCUGUUAUAUUUUGGAACUGCAUAAAAAGAGGUUUUGUUUUGCAGAUUGAGCUCUGUUAAACACAAUAGAAUGUGUCUACAAUAAAGUGUAGUGGAUUGAACAUGGCUAUCACCAGACCAUUUUAAGCAUUCUACCUAGCUGUAGCUUGUAAUGUGCUUCUGUGUGAAAUAAAUUGAUUUCUCUUAAAUAUUAAAGUCGGGCUGUAGUUUAAGCCUACACAACUACUCCUGAUUGGUGUGAUCUAGCUGAUAUAUGCUUAUCAGAAUAAUUGCUGGUAGACUAAGUGAGUACAUGAUGUCAGCCCAUGAUUGCAAACAAUAGACUCCAAGAGUUUGCACUAUAAACUAUAUGUAUCUAUGUAACCCACUAAAGAAAGUUAUUGAAAGAAAACUUCCAAAGCACUUGACUUUUCGCCUUACAAAGCACCCUACACCAUUCUGAACUAGUUCAAAGAAAGUCAGUGCUUUUUUGUGAAGGCCAUGGGAAUUUGCCUUGAAGGUUUCUGUCUGCAAAGAGCCGCCAUCAUAUGAUGGCCUUUGAUAUUGCACUUGUUUUGUUGUCUCUGUAAACCCUAACUUACCUGUGAGUUGGUCUUUCAGUUGGCUGCAAAGGUAUCUGGGUAGAUGGAUAGUGCCACACUUCUCUUAAGAUUUUCAUUUGUGUAUCCAUUUUGUUGAGAAUUAGAGAAAAGACUCACAAAUUGGCGAAUAGCUAUAGUAUUGCUGGAAUAAGUAAUAUAUCAUUUCCUAUAUACAAAAUGCUUCUGAGUUAUAGAGAAGAUCCAUUAUUACCACGUGUUUCUACACAAGUACUUCAAUGCCAGUAUGGAAAGGAGUAUUUUUCAAAUGCUUAAAGUGUCUGUAUGAUUGACUGAUAAAACAUGACCUGAGAAGAGAUGUAGCAA